GCCUAUGGACAUGGAGAAAGGCAGCUCGGGCAUAAAGCUAUAGGCCUACAAAUCAAGUGAGGUGACUGUACCUCAGUUUUCAUUCGAUUAUCAGGAUUUGGAACUAGAAUCCACAGAGAGUAAACAUGUGAGUCGUGACCGAAGCAAGCAAUGACAAUGUUAUAGCUUCGAUACUGACACUAUUCGGCAUGAAAAUAAACGGCAAUGUUUUUGACGUUGUUUCGCGGGGAUUAUGCUACUAUUCUCGGUUUUGAAAGGGAGAGAGCAGCGCGGCACUAGAGAAGCCGCAGGUUAAUCACGUUUUCAGCACCGAGACAGCUCCUUGUGGAAGAGGUCUAUAUUCGGCAGCAAGGAGUCCCUUCUGCGAUCGCGGGGGAAGCCCUCAACCCUCACUAGCAAUUUUGGAGCGGUGUAGCCAACAACACACACAACGUUCUGACCUUUCUUCCUCCACUCUCCAAUGAUGCUGGUUAUUUGGUGGUCAGUCAGGCAGGGACACUUAAUAUAAUCUUGCUGAACGACGAUGGUGCUUGCAUUUCGGCUCCAGUCUUUUCGUUUUGCACAGGAUUCUAAGCAGCAGCAGCAACGGUGCUUGUCCAAUGUAAAAGUGCUAAGGAAGGCAGCAGCCUACACAUCGCCACGAGCUUGGAGCACGAGCCUCACUCGUGCUGAUCAUCACAGAGGGAGACAUUAUCACGAGCACGCGGCCAACUGGAGGCUCGAUUAGACUGUCAACAAUGUAAAUCAAGACAGGUUCAACAUGAGUCCAGCAGAGUCUAUCUGGUGUGGUGAACUCAGAAGAGAGGCAUAGAGAACUGAGUGAAGAUCAUAGCCUCCUCCUCUUCCUCUCUCCAUCGCCAUCACCAUCCACCAACAUGGCUAACCCUCAUGACGUGGUGGAGCAGCAGGCUGGAGGCCUAUCAGACCUGGAGAUCAUCUCCCAGCCAGACCCAGUGGAGGAGCAUGGUGUGCAGGAGAUGAACCCUUCCUGCAUGGCUCCUGUCCAGCUGGUCAGCUUUGGCUACAGGGACCUUCCUCUGGCCCACCUGGACCUCUCCCUGGCCGGAUCACAGCUCCUCUCUAACCUGGAUGAGGACGACAACAGGGAAGGGUCUAACUGGUUGAAGCCGUGCUGUGGGCGGAGGGUAGCCCUGUGGCAGGUGUGUCUGCUCAGUGCAGGCUUCAACUGUUUCCUGGUGGCCCUGGUCAUCCUGGUGGUGGUCUUCUUGACCCUGGAACUCCUCAUAGACACCAAGCAUCUACAAUUUGCCAAUGCUAUUCAAUUUGCCAGCGUCAUCCAUUGGAUCAGCCUUGCCAUCCUUUCACUCUUCUUCACUGAGACUGUCUUCAGGAUUGUAGUCCUUGGGAUUUGGGACUACAUUGAGAACAAAGUAGAGGUGUUUGACGGGGCAGUCAUCGUAUUGUCCCUGGCCCCUAUGGUAGCCUCCACGGUAGCCAAUGGCCCCAGCAGUCCCUGGGACGCCAUCAGCCUCAUCAUCACCCUGCGCAUCUGGAGGGUCAAGAGAAUCAUCGACGGUGAGACUGAGGGUGGAGCAGACCAGAAGCUCCCCUGUGCUCCUUCUUCCCCUAUCAUCUGUCUGUCUGUAUGUCUGUCUGUCUGUCUGUCCGUCCGUCCGUCACUCAGUCCGUCACUCAGUCCGUCCGUCCGUCACUCAGUCAGUCAAAGCCCUGCUGGUGGAUGUCUUACUAGAGUCAUCCUGACCUAGGUGAAGUCAUCGUCCCUCUCAGUCAACAGCUUUCCUUAAUGUUCUUGGUAUUACUCUUAGAUGGAGGGUUAGUUAGUUUGGUAGGAUUGGUUCUAGUGAGAUAUUAUUGAAGAAUUCAACAACCUUACAUUGUACCAACAGAUGACUUUGAACUUGAACUAUCAAUCCUUAAUUAUUACACCUGACUGAUCUACUACGAGAGGGACUACGACUGGGAUACGUGGUUGUCUCACCUAGCUAUCUUCAGAUGAAUGCACUUUGUAAGUCUGCUAAAUGACAGAAAUGUAAAAAAUGUAUUAGAUUUUUGAUUCACAAUUUUAGCGCUAAAUUCGAAAAUAUCAUUCUUCACCUAAGGAUGAUAAAGUGUAUUGCUUAUUCAAUACAUGAUUGGCAGCACGACCCCAUUCUCCCCAUGAUUAUACACAUUAUUUACUAUUCACAACAAUAGAAUUAUUGAUCGUCCCUCGGAGUAAAUUGCCACCCGUUCUCCUACAUAAACUGGUAUUGAUCCUAAGCCCUGUUUAAACAGAUUUAGAAAAGCCAUGAUAAUGACUAUACUGGCUGUUCUAUGUUAUGCUAAUGUAAUGCAGAUUGAUUUCUAACAGGAGGUCACCCUCAGUCUCAGUGAGAGCUGUGCAUGAUCAACCUACAGACCUCAGUCUCAGUGAGAGCUGUGCGUGAUCAACCUACAGACCUCAGUCUCAGUGAGAGCUGUGCAUGAUCAACCUACAGACCUCAGUCUCAGUGAGAGCUGUGCAUGAUCAACCUACAGACCUCAGUCUCAGUGAGAGCUGUGCAUGAUCAACCUACAGACCUCAGUCUCAGUGAGAGCUGUGCAUGAUCAACCUACAGACCUCAGUCUCAGUGAGAGCUGUGCAUGAUCAACCUACAGACCUCAGUCUCAGUGAGAGCUGUGCAUGAUCAACCUACAGACCUCAGUCUCAGUGAGAGCUGUGCGUGAUCAACCUACAGACCUCAGUCUCAGUGAGAGCUGUGCGUGAUCAACCUACAGACCUCAGUCUCAGUGAGAGCUGUGCGUGAUCAACCUACAGACCUCAGUCUCAGUGAGAGCUGUGCAUGAUCAACCUACAGACCUCAGUCUCAGUGAGAGCUGUGCAUGAUCAACCUACAGAUCUCAGUCUCAGUGAGAGCUGUGCAUGAUCAACCUACAGACCUCAGUCUCAGUGAGAGCUGUGCGUGAUCAACCUACAGACCUCAGUCUCAGUGAGAGCUGUGCAUGAUCAACCUACAGACCUCAGUCUCAGUGAGAGCUGUGCAUGAUCAACCUACAGACCUCAGUCUCAGUGAGAGCUGUGCAUGAUCAACCUACAGACCUCAGUCUCAGUGAGAGCUGUGCAUGAUCAACCUACAGACCUCAGUCUCAGUGAGAGCUGUGCGUGAUCAACCUACAGACCUCAGUCUCAGUGAGAGCUGUGCAUGAUCAACCUACAGACCUCAGUCUCAGUGAGAGCUGUGCAUGAUCAACCUACAGACCUCAGUCUCAGUGAGAGCUGUGCAUGAUCAACCUACAGACCUCAGUCUCAGUGAGAGCUGUGCAUGAUCAACCUACAGACCUCAGUCUCAGUGAGAGCUGUGCAUGAUCAACCUACAGACCUCAGUCUCAGUGAGAGCUGUGCAUGAUCAACCUACAGACCUCAGUCUCAGUGAGAGCUGUGCAUGAUCAACCUACAGACCUCAGUCUCAGUGAGAGCUGUGCGUGAUCAACCUACAGACCUCAGUCUCAGUGAGAGCUGUGCAUGAUCAACCUAUAUACCUCAGUCUCAGUGAGAGCUGUGCGUGAUCAACCUACAGACCUCAGUCUCAGUGAGAGCUGUGUGUGAUCAACCUACAGACCUCAGUCUCAGUGAGAGCUGUGCAUGAUCAACCUACAGACCUCAGUCUCUCUAGCUAUAGACAGUAUACUUACAUGACCUCACCAUCAGCUCUGUGUGUCUGAUCGACCAAUCUCCAGACCAGAAACAGUGUACAUACAGUACAUCACCUAUGUAGUCUACAUAAGUCUACAUAGACCUACAUACACUGAAUGCACAAAACAUUAAGGUCACCUGCUAUUUCUGUGACAGACGGACCAGGUGAAAUCAGGUGAAAGCUAUGAUCCCUUAUUGAUGUCUUGUUAAAUCCCCUUGAAGG